AUCAUGACGGUGUUCUUUGUGGAACGGACUCGCGUCUGUGAUCGGUAGCAUCGCACUCGCGAAUGGCAGUCCUUGUUGGCCUCCUCAUGGAACUGCUUUGUGGACGGGCCGUAUUUGACUGCCGUUAGCGUGUUCCUUCACUGCUUGCUACCGUCGUCCCUCAUCAAUAUGUUCAAGCCUUACUUCGUCGUCGUGUUUGUGGCCACGCUUCUGCUGCCAAUCGCCACGGCGGUCCCGAGCCCUGCCGCCGGCGCAGAGGAUUCCGCUCCUAGCGCGCCUGACUGGCGCCGCACGGACGAGUCCCUCGUGCGCAAGAGCCCUGUUGCUGGCGCAGAGUACGCCACCCCUAGCGCGCCCGAUUGGCGCCGUACGGAUGGGUCCCUCGUACACAGAAGCCCUGCUGCUGGCGCGGAGGAUGUUGCCCUAUAGCGCGUACGUUGGUGUUGACGUGACCAGUACUAGAGGUUAUUAUAUCUGAAUGAUAGUGGCGCUGUAUGAAUGAAUCCCUCAUACGCUCGAACGAUGCACACGUUGAUUUCAUUCGAUGAACACCCUAUAUAAAGAGGCGCAAUGGCCAGGUUUGGAGAAAGUUAUGAGUGCUCGUGUGAAAGACCUCCGUCCGCUUGAUUCGG